AUGUCUUCCCCCAGUAUAGAACAGACAGAAGGCAGCGGGCCUGAUGGCACUUCCAUUAAGCCCGUCUCCUCCCUCCUCGCCCGGUUUGAGAAUAUGAACAAAGCCGGCCCGUCGCAAUCCCAGUCCCAGCCCUCUCCCGCUCCUGCUCCCGCCCCUCAAUCGCGGAACGUCUCGCCGGGGCCAAAGCCGGAUAGGUUAAGAAACCUCAAGGCAUCCCAAGACACGACGCCUACGCCCAUUUCCCCAAUCGCUCCCGCGAAACCAUCGACUCUGAAGGAUCGAGCCUUUGUCACGGCUUCCCCUGCAAACCGAGAUAGAGGGGCACCGAUCCCACCGCCUCCCCUCUCUACACGGCCACCGCCUGUAGCGACGAAACCGCCGGUGCCCAUUCACCCGCCCGCGGUCACAGUUCAGCCUCCUCUAUCACCCGCCAAAGGAGGCGCGCUGAAUGCUGCUCCGGGGGAUCAGUCACCGUUCCUAGAUCCGGUUACCAUAUCCUCUGCCCAGUCGAGCCGAUCCCCUACGCCCCUCAGAAUACCAAGUCGACCGCUUACUCCUACCGGCAGCGGUGGUAUCAGCGGUACCGCAACACCCCGAUCGCCAAAGCAAGGGAUUUCGAAAGCCCCAUCACCACCGCCUCCUAGGCGAUCGGCUGAGCUGAAGCGAGAAAAGGAAUUCAAACCUGCGCCGCCACCGCCCCCUGCCUCACGAUCAGAGAGAACAUUGAUGAGAGCAGCUACGGGUAUUGAGACGAGAGGGAGGCCGGCUACGAAAAGGCCAAGUCGAUCCCAGGAAUCCUCUCCUAUUGGUGAGGCGAGAAUCCCUGAAAGGGUGGAAGAAAACCCCCCCGAAUUGCCGGCGCGACCAAAGCUACCGCAACAGAAUGAUGCACCGAGUAGGACAAAGCAGAUUGCAGGAGCAUUUGAACAGCCAACCCAGCCAAUAAUCCGCCCUUCCUUGUCUGUGCGGAAGCCGGCGCGCGAAGGAGAGCCUAAUGGCCUUGCCAGGGGUCCCAUCACUCCUCAGAUAACGGGCAGCGCUCGCCCUGCCUUGCCAGCACGACCUCAAACCACAGACAUCCCUCCACAGCCAGUAGCGAAUAAUGGAAUGAAGCCACCCCCCAAACCGCCGCGGCCAUCUGGACCAACUAAUACGCCGGUUGCUACAACUUCUGUUUCUACGUCACAACCUCCAGCUCCUAAUGCAAACCGAGUCGUUUCCAAUCCAAAUGCCCAACAACUAUCACUAAAGGCGCAAGGGCGGUCCAUGACAAUGAUGGAAUUAGGGGCGGCUGAUCAUGCUGCUUUGGACGCUCGCUCCUCUCCGGCUCCGGCGCCCGCUGCAAGUGCUGUUGUAAAACAACACUUUCCGACACCUGUUGCAAAUGAAGGGGGGGCUGGAGGAAUUAUACCGAAAUCCGAUCCCCCAGCUCAAAUCACAGCGUAUCCCGACAGCUCGAGUACCAACCGCCGACCUCCAUUUAUCAAGAAGGGUUGUUACGAGAUCCAGCCAAAGUAUGACCCUCGUAUUUUCGACGUCUGUGGACAGUAUGUUUGUACUACCGGCCCCCUGACUCGUGUUUGGAGUCUGUUAGAUGGAGAGCAGAUCGUCAGCCUGGCGCACACGGAGGGCGUCAAGGCCACUGCUGUGUCGUUUAAGCCUUGUGCAGACCCCGACCAAGAAGGUUCCAAGGUCUGGAUUGGCACCAAUGUGGGAGAGAUUAUGGAGGUCGAGAUUCCGACGCAGCGCAUACUGCUUUGCAAAGCGGGCAUUCAUGGGAAAUCAGAAGUCACCAAGAUAUAUCGACACUUGGACGAAAUGUGGACUGUUGACGAAGGCGGCAACUUUCACGUCUGGGGCCCAGACAGCGAUGGAGAACCGAACUUGAACAACCACCCGCACCAAACUUUCAAGGUGCCAAAGGGCGAAACUUUCUCGAUGGUGGUUGGGAACGAGCUCUGGCAAGCGACCGGAAAGCAGCUGCGGAUAUUUGCUCCCACCCGAGAUAACCGCACUGCAUUCCAGGUUCUGGCAAGGCCAAUUACGGUGGAGGGCGCUGGAGAUAUCACUUCCGGAACGCUAAUGAAGGGUUUCCCCGGCAAGGUCUUUCUAGGACACGUUGACGGGAAAAUCAGCAUCUUGUCUACGUCCGACUAUUCUUGCAAAACCAUUGUCAAUAUCAGCACGUGGAAAAUCAAUACGCUGGCUGGAGUUGGCCAGUACAUGUGGGCAGGAUACAACACUGGCAAGGUGUGUGUCUACGACGUUGCUCAGACGCCGUGGGUCGUAUUGAAGGAGUGGCAGGCGCACGACAAUACCGUUUUGAAGAUGAAGGUGGAUUUCGCCAGCGCAUAUCAGUUGGAUCAGCUGCAAGUCGUCUCACUGGGUGCAGAUAGUCGAAUCAAGGUGUGGGACGGCAUGUUGCAGGAUGACUGGCUUGAAGAUGAGAUGAAGUCCAAGGACACGACAUAUUGCGAUUUCGACGAGAUAAAAACGCUGAUAUUUACGUGGAACGCCGGAGCUUCCACCCCUCAUAGUCUCCGGUACUCUGAUGGCGAUGCCACCUUUUUCCAGGACCUUUUGCAAUCGAGCGGCUCUCCCGACAUCUUGGUCUUUGGAUUUCAAGAGCUCGUAGACUUGGAGGAUAAGAAAGCGACAGCAAAGCGACUUCUCAAGUCAAAGAAGAAGGAGGGGACCGACCAGGAACGAAUGAGCCAUCAGUACCGAGACUGGCGCGACUUUCUGCUCAAAACCUUGGACGAUUACAUGCCGGCAGAUGAUCUAUACCAUCUUCUCCACACCGCACCCAUGGUGGGACUGUUUACUUGCGUAUUUGUCAAGUCAUCGUUGAGAGACAGGAUUACGCAUCUAAGCGGUGCCGAAGUAAAGCGAGGUAUGGGAGGCUUGCAUGGAAACAAGGGCGCGGUUGCGGUUCGUUUCCAGGUGGACGACACAUCUCUGUGCUUUAUCAACUGUCACUUGGCCGCCGGUCAGACGCAGGCCAGCUCACGCCACAACGAUGCGGCGGCAAUACUCGAGGCCAACCUAUUCCCCGUGGAGAGAGAUACUGAGAUUCGGAUCGAUACCUUCAGUGGCGGUGGAGAUGGCUCCAUGAUUCUUGAUCACGAGCUCUGCAUUCUCAAUGGUGACCUCAACUACCGCAUCGAUACCAUGUCGCGAGAUACCGUGGUCAAGGCUGUAGAGCAAAACAAUCUGGCCAAGCUCCUGGAGCGUGACCAGUUACUUGUCGCGCGCCGCCGGAAUCCAGCUCUACGGCUACGAGCAUUCGAAGAACUUCCAAUCACGUUUGCACCAACAUACAAAUACGAUGUAGGAACAGACACGUACGACACAAGCGAAAAGCGAAGAAGCCCCGCAUGGUGUGACCGUCUGCUAUUCCGAGGGCGCGGCAGAGUACAGCAACUAGACUAUAGACGGCAUGAAGUGAGGGUGAGCGAUCAUCGGCCUGUCACCGGAGAUUUCCGACUUUGGGUAAAGAAGAUUAGACCAAAGGAACGGGCGGCUGCGUGGAUGCAAUGCCAGCAGGGAUUUGAAGAUGUGCGGCAGAAGGAGUUGGCAGAGGAUAAGUAA